AUGGACGCAGCUCUUGUCCCGCGACAACCUUCCGGAACCGAAUUUUCAGACGAGUUUCCGGCGAAUGUUAGGAUUCUGGUCGUCGACUCCGAUUUAAACUAUCUUCUCGUAUUGGAGAGUAUGAUGAAACUAUACUCCUACCAAGUGACGUCAUGUCAUGACGCGGAAGAGGCAAUGUCGUGUCUUAAAACGGGCAAGGAAAAGGUCGACAUAGUGAUGUGGGAUCUUCAUAUGCGCGGGACAGAUGGACUCCAAGCUCUCAUCGCCGUUCGUUCCCGCAUGGACCUCCCUUUUAUUAUUAUGUCAACGGACCACGAAAGGGAAGCAGUGAUGAAAGCGAUGAUGUACGGCGCUUGUCAGUAUUUGGUGAAGCCUGUGAACAAGGAGACCAUCGCGGUCUUGUGGCAACACAUUGCUCGAAAGACCCGAACCCGUCCGGUUCGACCGUUAACCGAUCAGACCGCCGGUUCGGUACGAGACAAGAUUACUACCAGAGCCGGCGAAGAAGAAAACAAAGGGGAAGAAACAGCGGCUUCGAAGAAAAACCGGAUGACGUGGACUGAUGACCUUCACCAGAAGUUCCUCCAAGCUGUCAACGUAAUCGGAAUUGAGAAAGCGGUUCCGAAGACGAUCCUGAAAUGCAUGCAAGAAAUGAAAGUCCAGGGAUUGUCCAGGAACAACGUCGCCAGCCACCUUCAGAAGUACCGCUUGAAUCUCCAGAGAAACAACAGACAUCCUCAAGAGGAUUACACGUGUUUCGCAGAAUCAAAACCCUCGUCGUCGAUGUUGGAUAAUCAAAGCAACAUCCUUAACACUUAUCUCAGAAACCAUGUCAUGAACUCCAUGACGGCUCCGGAGCUUCCAAACAGAUACAUGACCAUGAACAACCCGUUCAUUCACAACAAUCAUCAUCAUCAUCAGCAUCUUCUUACACAGUAUCCGUAUCCGUACAUGGACCAAUCCGUCAUAUACCAACCUCAUCCCAAGGAAGAAUUCAGCCACCCUAUGGUCACCGAUACGCCCAUUCUUGAUUAUGACUCCGAUCUUCUCCAAGAGCCUUUCCCCUUUCAGAAACAGUUAUAA